AGAAGAAAGAGGAUCGGGCGUUAUUUUCCAUCCAGUAGGUAGCGGUGCUGCGCCGUUUUUGGAUGACAACCGCCUCUAACACAACCAACGAAGAAGAAGAAGACCAAGAAAAAGUAGAAGCUGCGUUUAGAGGACGAGCUGUGAUUACUUCUUAACGCCAAAGAUGGUGCGACCUCAUUUUGGACCCCCACGCUACAAGCCCAGCAGACCCUACACAGAUGGUCCAGGCAUUGUGCCAAAUGAACACUACAACCCCAACUCUAGUCGAAAUCGAAGAGAUGUCCAGGACUACCCAGGAAAGGCUCCCUCAAAUUGGAGAGAACCCAGAGGUAGAGGACGACCCACCUUUGGCAAAAGAGUCCCACUGAUGGGAGAACAAAGGCAGCCAGCUUUCAAUCAAUGGAGGUCCCACAACCAGAAUUCCUUUCAAGAAUACCCUCCCCAAAUGGAACCACACCAUGGCCAGAGGAGGCCCUCCCCAUCCAGGCCAAUCCGUCCCCCCCAUGUCCAGCAUCAAUCUUCUUCACGUAAUCCUGUACAGGGGUCCCCAGGCCAGAGGGGACCACCUUUUCAUGGCCACUCUUCUGGUCAUAGGUCACCCUCACCAAGGCAUUAUCGUAAUCACCCAGCUGACAGGAGGCCAGGCUCUCCACCACCCUACCAGGGUUCCUUCAGGGGCCCCAAAAGGCAGCCAGGUUUCCCCCCUCCGGAACAGCGGGGUCGAGACCCUCGCGGCCAUUACAGUCCCAGAGAAAAGCCAUAUGAACACUCAUCUCAUGGUAUGAAGCGCUGGAAUGGGGCUGGAGUGUUCUCUCAUCCGCACAGUGGAGAACACGGAUCCUCUGGCUCACAGAGGAAGCCCAGAGAGUUACAUGGGAGAGGCCCAUGUCCAGAGAGGUGGUCAACUGAGCAAGAUUCCAGGCGACAUCGUGGUGAGAUGGAGAGGGAGGGCAGGAGGUCCCACAGUACAGAGAAGCCACAAGAAGUCCAUUCUCACCUGCCCCCUUACAGAUCUCCCUCCUGGAAAGGAGGUCCGUCAUCAUCCUCUUACCAUAACAGCUCUCAGGAGAGGCAAGUGGCUGUGCCCCGCAAGAGGAGGAUGUCAGACCUCAGCCUGCCCUCCACAGGCCCUCCACCGGAACAUAGCAAUCCCAAGCACCCAAGGAGAGAGAGACCUCAGCCCCUCAAUGUUCCCAGGUCAUUUGGUGGCAAACCCUUGUCUCUGCGGGAUAGGAGUCGCAUAAUGAAGGGCAGACAAUUCAGAGCGGAGUCAGUGAUGAAGCUCAGAGCACCCCCAAUGUUGAAACCCAAGCCUCGCAUGGGAGAGUUUCCUCCACGGAGAAAUGUCAGUUCUAUUCUUGCCAUCAGGAAGAAGCGUUUCGAGUCAAAUGCUGUUCCCCCAACUAAGUUGGAGCUGAAGAGGGCAAAGCCACAUCAGUCACCACCCAGCCUUGAUGGCAAUUCAAGCAAGUCUUCAAGAGACUCUGAUACCGUGAAAGAAAAGGUGGAGUCUCGUCGGUCCUUAAGCACACACAGCUCCUCCCCCAUAGAGAAACUGUCGUGUGAUCUCGUUGUCGUCUCCCACUGGCAAGCUGGGCCAAGCUCCAGCUCUAAAGGCUGUUCAUCCCCAAGGGAUCACAGCCCCAAGUCUAAGACAGAACGCAGUUCAGAUUCGGAUGCCAAUCCAAAAACUCACGACUCCAGAUCAUCAUUCAGUGAUCGCCGAGGGGGCCCUUCGGAUAAGAGGAAUUUUCGGCCAAUGAACAUGAUGCAGGAGAGCUACAGACCUAUGAAGCCCUUCAGGAGACCAGGACCCCCUCCGAGACAGAGGUUGCCUGGUGGUCCCAGAAGGCCCCCCCCUGAAAUGGCCAUAAACUUCAGAAGACCCCUCAUGGAGGGCUUUGUGCCACGUCCCUUCCCACAUCAGAAACCAGUUUUCAGAAAAAGCCAGAGCAUCAUGUCCAAAUACCGCAACAUGCAGGUGAUGCGGCAGCGGCCACCAUACAGCCGAGGACCCAACCAACAGCGCUGGUGACACCUCUGAACAGGUGCCUGGCUCUACAAACAUGAUCUUGAGAAGAUCUUCACCACUGAGUUGACUGCACAAUCCCUCUGCUCUUUACAUACUUUAACCUGUCCAUAUUUUCUGGAUCUGUGCUCUUGUUUACAAGAGUUACUUGUAAAUAAAUGUUUUAAGUUAUAUAUUUGAGGUCAUUCAGUACUUUGUGGUAGGGUGUUUGUAUUCAAGGAAUGCCAUUACAUUCUCUUGUCCAGCUUUUUCCCUGCUUAUGUUGAUUUUUGACUUACUGCUUGUGAUAACAGCAAACAUUUCAUUGGAUUUUAUGAUUUUAGUGUAUUUUUUGUAUGCCAACAGUAAAAAUAACUUCUGGGAUUUCUGGGUCAUUGAGUCAAAGUAAAGUUUACUUUAAUAUCAAGUCUUUACAAAAGGUAUUUAGUUGAAGUGUCUUGUCUGAUGAUUUUGGGAUGUUGGAAGAUUUUGAUUCUGAACUCAUCAAAUGACAAUCACCUACUUCUUGUAAAACCUGUAUGAUUAUAUGUUCAUUGUAUUGUCUGAGACCUCAAAUAAAACGUUCAGCGACCUUCAGU